AUGAACGGCUCCGACCACGACAACGAGGCCUUCCCGAUGGCCGCCGACGAACAGCCACACCAAGACUCUGCGGUCCUUUCGCCGUCCCACGGGCCACUUCUCGCGAACUUGUUUCUGAUGACACAAAUUGCUGUGUAUGAAGACAAUGUUACCGACGACGAUGAGAGGGGCGGUGGCUUCGGCGCCGUCCCGGCCUCGGAGAAGGAGAUCGCGGGAUUCGCACAGGCGGCCGUGGGGGAUACGAGGGAGGAGGAGUGCGUCGUGUGCUUGGAAAGUUUCAAGGAAGGUGACGACAUCAGGAAGUUGCCGUGCUCCCAUGGCUUCCACAACAGCUGCAUCUCCGAUUGGCUACGGGUCAGCUGCCUCUGCCCGCAAUGCCGCUUCGCGCUGCCGGCCGAUGACGAGUGGUCCAAGCCCAAGACCGAGUUUGAGCAUAGCGCUACCGACUAUGAUGGGUAUGAGAACGAUGCAGGCCCUGCUGCUACUGAUGACGACGACGACGACAACCACGAUGACGAUGACCAUGAUAAUGAGACUCGUGUUUACUUGAUAAUUAAUGUAGGGCGGUCUAUUUGA